AUGUAUAACCUGGUAGUUUUAUUUUAUUUCUAUCUACUCGGUGGUAUACCAUAUGGUGUUCAAUCAAGAUUUCUUCCUCUUGUAUUACGUAAUAAAGGUGUAUCUUUGACUUCAUUAGGCUUAUAUAAAUUAUUUCAUAUUCCUUGGUUAUUCAAGAGUUUUUAUGCUCCAGUGAUCGAUAGGCAUGUGAAUAAACGGCUUUGGCUAUUUAUCACUUUCAGUGGUCUUUUCACCUGUACACUGAUAUUAUUGUAUGAAAGUGAAAACCUUAUCAAUACUGAUAAUACCUUUAUGUAUUGUAUACCUUUGUGUCUUUUCCUGUAUAACUUUUGGGCUGCAUCACAAGAUAUUACUGUUGAUUCAUUGACAAUAUCAAUUCUACGACUGGAUCAAUUGUCUUUGGGGAAUACUAUACAAGUGGUUGGAUAUAAAGUUGGUGCAAUUAUCGGUGGUGGUUUCUUAUCUUGGUUAUCCGGCUUUGUUAAAAUAAGCUAUCUCUUUGCGUCAAUUGCUUGUUUAUAUGCAUCUGGAAUGUGUUUUUGCUUAAUUGGAAGAUUUUGGAAGACUUUCAAUAAUAAUCAUGAAAGUGGGUCGUGUAAAGGAUUUAUUGAAGUAAAUGCUGAUGAGGAGAAAUCGAAGGACCAAGAAGGGAAAGAAGAAGAAGCAGAAGAUAAAGCAUAUUCAUAUACAAAAGCUUUUAGAAUAGCUCUAGUGAAUUCACGUAGUUCACGUUAUCUUAUAGGCCUUUUGCUUAUUUAUAAACUCGGGGAACAAGGUGCUAUGAAUAUGCUACCGCUGAUGCUUUUUGAUCGUGGUUUCUCCUUGUCGAAAAUUGGUUUUUGGACUGGUGUACUUGGCCAGAUGGCAUCAAUUACUGGUUCUACAUGUGGACAUUAUAUUCAAAAGUAUUUCAGAUCUCCGUUAAUUUCCAUUCUCUACCUUAUGACAAUUCGUUUAUGCCUACAAUUCCCUAUAUUAUUGAUUGCUUUCAACUCAAUUUGGAUGAGUAUGCCUAAUGUGUCUUUCGGCAUAGGUUGUUUAUUUAUGAAUUGUAUAUUAUUUACCAGUGGGGCUAUAACAACAAUUAUGUUCACAUUAAUGAUGUAUUGUACACGCAGUGAAACGUCUACAGAGCAUCAAGCAACUCACUAUACAAUAUUGAGUACAGCAGAACUUUUAGGCAAAUUACUCUUCAGUACAAUAGCUGCUUAUCUGACAGAUAUUUGUGGAUAUACACUGACCAAUAUAGGCUUUUUUGAAAAUUUCAAUUUUGUUCAUGAAUUGUCCUAUAACCUUGGAUAUAUGGUGAUAUUGUUUCGACUGAACAUGUUUGAAUCUACAAGGCUUGCUAUACUUUCAAGUCAACACAGAAUACUCUGGAAUAAAAAGGAUGCGUCUUUCACUUUUCAACAGUUAUACCUCAUAGCUUCAUUUUUUGUUCUUAUUUCAAAAUCCUUAGAUUAUUGUUCUCACUCCUCAAGUCAUUUAAUGUGUUUAUGCACUCCAGUUAUGUUAAGCAGAAAACAUGUUUGUGGGGUUGAUGAGAUAUUUUUGAUAUGA